AUUUUGUAGUUUUUGUAUAUAAUCUAUGAUCAGCAGUCAAACAAAGGUGUCGACGUGCAGUUUCUAGUGUGAAAAACAAUUAUCCAAAACGAAAUCUUCAAAGAAAGGCUCGUAUAAAUCUCCGCCUCGGAGGCACCGGAGUGUGGACCGUGAUGUAAAAGCUCGCGGAGACGAGCACGCGCGUAUGUCUGACUCUCAGGCACAUGGUGAGGCAAUGAGUGAUCGCAGGUCGUUUUUCUAUCCUGAUAGCAGCAGUGGCUCGGAAGAGUACAACAGAGACGCGGAGGAGCGUCGGAGACGUCUCUCAAAGCGAUCUGGAGUAUCGAACAGGCCCCGCGCUCCUACAAUGCAGUCCGGGGCGUGUUCGUCUAGUAACCCGAUGCCAUCGACCUCUUCAGCUCAGGAACCUCCGAAAAACGCUCCGAAGCACCAACUCGGAGAUGACCGAAUCACGUUGGUCGUGGACAAUACGAGGUUUGUCGUCGAUCCUUCUCAGUUCACGGCGCAUCCCAACACAAUGCUUGGGAGAAUGUUUAGUUCUGGGAUAGAAUUUACACAUCCAAAUGAAAGAGGCGAAUAUGAAGUAGCUGAAGGUAUCUCCGCGACCGUAUUCAGAGCUAUACUGGAAUAUUACCGAGGAGGUACAAUUCGCUGUCCCCCCACGGUGUCUGUGCAAGAGCUGCGAGAGGCCUGUGAUUAUUUGUUGGUGCCUUUUGAUGCUAACACAGUGAGGUGCCAGAACCUCCGUGGCUUAUUACAUGAGCUAUCCAAUGAAGGUGCCCGCCGUCAGUUUGAAUCGUUCUUGGAGCGUCUCGUACUCCCGCUGAUGGUGGAGUCUGCUCGGCGCGGAGACCGCGAGUGUCACGUGGUGGUGUUGCUCGAUGAUGAUGCUGUGGACUGGGACGAGGAAUAUCCUCCCCAGAUGGGAGACGAAUACAGUCAGACUGUGCUGUCCACACCGUUGUAUAGGUUCUUCAAGUAUAUUGAGAAUCGGGACGUAGCAAAACAAGUAAUGAAGGAGAGAGGACUAAAAAAGAUAAGGCUUGGCGUCGAAGGGUACCCGACUUACAAGGAGAAAGUUCGCAAACGUCCCGGCGGCAGAGCUGAAGUCAUCUACAAUUAUGUCCAGAGACCGUUCAUCCACAUGUCCUGGGAGAAGGAGGAAGCAAAGAGCCGCCACGUAGACUUCCAGUGCUUCAAGUCGAAAUCCGUCACAAACCUCGCUGAAGCUACAGCGGAUCCUGUCAUAGAAUUAGUGCCGGUAGCGAGGAGAGAAGAAGAAGGUGGAGAAGUGAAUGAUCCGCCAGAGGAAGAGUGAUGUAUGGUGUGGGGCUCUGUGCUGUGCUGGUUGUGAGACAGUCGUAUUAAAAGUGAUUUACACAACAACAGUUACUGGAACCCGUGAAGAUGUGAACGUCUGGUAGUAAUGUACUAGUGUAGGCAGCGACUUGGCUCUGCCCCCGGCAUUGCUGAAGUCCAUGGGCGACGGUAACCACUCACCAUCAGGUGGGCCGUAUGCCCGUCUGCCUACAAGGGCAAUAAAAAAAAGUGUAAAAAGGUUUGCCACUCGAAAGGUGAAUAAAGUGCUUUUGGAAAGUAAUCACAAGUAUUACUUGCUACUGUUUGGAACUCGGUGUUAACUAGGCCUUUAGUUGUAAUAGCUAGAUCAUUUGUGUCGAAUUAAUGCAAAGGUUUUGAGUUUCAUUAGUGGUGCAGAAGCAACUGAUGUUUCAAAAGAAGAAAACUGGUUGUUUGGAGUAAUACGGACCGUAAUUUGUGGUGAAUAUAUGAAGGUUCACUUGGUUGAGUUAUGUGUGAUUCUGAGCACAUUGUUGUACUGCAUGUCUUGCAGUGCAGGUAAUGUAAAAUUUAUUUUGCAGAAUAUGAUUAUUUGUAAUAUAAAUAAACUGAAAGAUUCCAAAUAAAAUGUAAACUUGCUAGACUAAAUUUAUUACACUCAGCAUUGGGUAGACAUGGGAUGCGGAGAAAAGAGAAAUUUUAACAAAAAUGUGCCGUAUCACUACAUAGUAUAAAAUAAAGUCGCUUUAUCUGUCCCUAUAUCCCUAUGUAUGCUUUAAUCUUUAAAACUACGCAACGGAUUUUGAUGCGGUUUUUUUUAAUAGAUAGAGUGAUUGAAGAGGAAGGUUUAUAUUAUGUAUAAUAACAUCCAUUAAAUAGUGGAGAAAUCAAUAAUAAAUUACAGUUUCCGAAGCGAAGCGAGGGCGGGUCGCUAGUGCUGUAUAAUUUAGGGCUGAUUUGUAUUGAAGGGCAUAUUUUGUUCAUUAUUCUGGAGAAUGCUCAGUUUGCUAUGGUUACUAACACUAAAUUCCUUUCGUACAAUGUAGCAAAUUUCUCUUCCCUAAAUAUUAAUGGUGAUUGAAUGUAUCGAGAACUCGGACUCUUUGGUACAAGAGUCCUGUCUAUUUCUGUCCUGAACAUCUUUAGAGUUCAAUCUUGUGAGGCGCAGCAGCAUGUGGCAUUUGUCUACGGGCUCCCUGUGCUUAGUGCGAGUUAACGUUCUCGAUAGCGUAAAAGUUAACUCAAAUUUGGCUAUGUUUGCCGCUAGGGACGCUGUUUCAACUGCAUACAGACUUGAGUUAACUUUUACUUUUACGCUAUCGAGAAUGUUAAAAACUCCCACUAAGCACACAGGUAAACACACAUUCCCUAAUCAUUUUCAAAUUAUUAUUUUAAACCGAUAAGACUUUUCAUUGUACUUACAUUUAAACUUUAGUUGUAUAAUUCAAUCGUCAUCCACUAAUAUUUUAAUGAUCUUAAAGAGCAGGGUUGUCCAGACAGCCCGCGACGCAUGUUUUAAUCAGAAAAUAGUUUUGGAUAUAAAUACCUAGUCAGGUCAUAAAUUCUGUCACAUGUUUAAUGUAAAAUAAUUGAAACAAGUUUAUUCAUUAUGUAACCAUUCAUAUACCAAAAUGAACUUAACAAAACGUAGAUUCUUAUGACACUAAAGUUUAUUCAAAAUGACCUCCGUGAUUUUGAAUACAGGCCUUCAAUCUGCGCGGCCAGUCGUCUAUCGCAGCACGAACGAGGUCCAUGUCAAUAUCGGCGGCUGCCUUAAUCAAGGAUGUCUUGAGUGACUCCAAAUUGGGAUGAGGCUUUGAGCACGCCUUUUCCUCCAAGUGUUGCCAUAUCUUGUAAUCUAACGGAUUCAAAUCUGGACUGGAGGAGGGCCAGUCUUUGCCGGAUGAAGUCGAUUUCACGCGCCGCCAGCCAGUCUUGUGUGCUCUUCGCUCUAUGAGCUGGCGCCGAAUCUUGUUGGAAUACCCAGUGCCUGUUAUUGAACAUGGUAUGAGAAACAGGUUCCACAAGGUUCGUCAGGACUGUAUUUUGAUACACAACUGCAUUCUUUUUUACACCUUUCUCACAAAAAUGUACCUCUGUUAAGCCCCAAUAAGAAACUCCCAACCAUACCAUGAGCGAGGAUGGAAAAUGACCUCGUUAGACACGCGGAAUACGGUUGCUCGCUUCUUCACUACUGUGUGCGUACACCUUAUCAUUUUGUUUGUUGUAGCUCUCUUCUACGGUAAAAAUUUUUUCAUCCGAAAAAAGAAUUUCCCGAUAUUUUUUUCCCGCGUACCGCUUCAACAAAGCGCGGCAUCUCUUCAGUCUCAGGUCCAUUAGACGAGCAUUCAAACGAUGUCCUGUUUUUCUUCGAUAUGCCCGAAGCCCUAAGUCUUCAUUUAACACCCUUUUCACCGUGGUUCUGCUUAACCCCAUCUGAAGGGCCAACAGUUUCUGUUUACGUUUGGGAUUUCUUUGAAUUCGCGCCUUCACAGCUUUUAUCACUGCUGGAGUCCUAACAGACCGAGGGCGACCACUUCUUGACCUGUCAUCUACACUAGAGUCUUCAUUGUAUCGUUUGAUGGUACGAUAAACGAAUCUUUUGGUUAUAUUAAAAAUUUUCAGUAUGUUAAAAAUUUGAAUUGGCGCGUAACCGCAACGAUGCAACGCAAUAACUGCAACACGGUCUUCUUUAAUCGUCCACUCCAUAUUUAAAAAAUGAGUAAAAUUCUAAAAGUGUACAUUUUUAUUUUCAUGAACAAUUCGAAAUUCGAAUUCAAUAAACUUUUUUGUGGCCAGCAUUCUAAAAGAAAAGUUUUUACUGUGUGACAAUACUUAUGACCUGACUAGUUAUAAGUUUGGAUAGUAGAAUUCUUUGUCAAAACAUAAUAUAAUUUGGUAUAAUUUAUCUUCUUUCUUGUAACUUUUCAUUCCCGUGACAUCAUUUGAAACUGAAGCUAUCUUUUACUAUUGGAGGAAUUCCCGGAAAGUAUUUAUUACCCUACUUUUUUAAACUUGAAAACUGAUUGAGGACAUUUUGGCGGGAACGCGAGGAGUGAAGUUGUGUGUAUUGUUUUAUUUUGUAUAUUUAGUGUUUCUUCUGAAUUAAAUGUGUAAUAACGGUGGUUUAUUAACUGUCUAGUUUCUGUGAAAGUGUACAAAUGUGGGAAAAUGAAACAAAGCCGCUGGACGUAACUUCUCGAAUACUCCAUAAAGCCCACUGAAAAAAUCUCAGUAAAUGACCACCAUUUUACUGAGAUUAUAUUUCAUCUCAUUGCAUUUCAUCCCAGUUGAUUAAUGUAUCGAAUUAAUCAUCUUCAUUACAUUUCACUCCAUAUUAUCAUUUUUCAUAAUAACAACGACCUAAAGGUCUUAGUUACCAGGUUAUAAAAUUCUUUAAAAAAAAAUUAAAACUGAUUUUUUUUCUGCGUCACUUCCACUUUUGUAGUAAAUUUAAUUAGCCCGAGCAAAAGUAUAUAGUUUGGACAGCCCUGUUUUAGAGUUAUCUAUUGCUACACUGCGACGUCACAUAUUGCUUACACAUUGCGAUACAGUUGCUAAUCAUUAUCUGGAAAACUUGCUCGGAGAUCAAUACACGAUUUUUCAAAGUAUAUCGCCCUGCCUAUUUCGGCCGUGAAGCAGUAAUGCGUUUCGGUUUGAAGGGUGGGGCAGCCGUUGUAACUAUACUGAGACUUUAGAACUUGUAUCUCAAGGUGGGUGGCGCGUCUACGUUGUAGAUGUCUAUGGGCUCCAGUAACCACUUAAUACCAGGUGGGCUGUGAGCUCGUACACCAAUCUAAGCAAUAAAAAAAUAUAUAUUUAAAAGUACGUAAAAUGUAUGCGUUCACUUUGUUAUUGUUUUUUAAAUUCGAUUUGGACACAAGUUCUUUAAUGUGUAUUUACUUAUUUAGUCUCUCUCUCGAUCGUGUUUGAUGCUGUAACAAACUGUAGCCAUUUUAAUUCUAAAUCAUUUUUAAGGCCUCUAAUAAUUUUAAUAGUUUCUUAAAUUUAAAACAUAUUUCAUUGUAUCAUGUCCUUUAAGAAAUAAAACCUACCAAUUCUACAGCUUGAUUAUUUUAUGUGAUUCGGUGCAAUUUUUUAAAUAUAUAUAUAUAUAUAUACUGAACGAAAUGCGUUGUGUUCUGUAAACUGUUCAUAUGCGAACGGUCAAGUGUGUUUACAUGUAAAUUGUAAAGAACAACUUUUGAUAACUGUAUUAAACUAUCAAUAAUGUUUGUAUGUUCGAUUAUAUUCAUUGAUAAAAGGAAUGUGUCUUGAAAUGUAAACAAUUUGCAAGAA